AUGUCAGCUGUUGAUGUCAACCAAAUAAUGACCAUUAUCGGGACGAUUGGAGGUUUCUCCAUCUCCCUUUCCCUCGUUCCGCAAGUGUAUCUCACUUAUAAGACAAAGUGCGCAGACGAUAUUUCGUACACCUAUCAAUUCAUUUACAUCUUCGGAGCUGCCUUGGUCAAUGCCUAUGCCAUUCAUUUUCAGCUAUAUGCCGUUUACAUUCCUUGCUUGUUGGAACUUUGUAUGAUUAUCAUUUUGACAAUCAUGAAGUGUGUGUAUCCGUCCAGGGAGGACAUUAAGGAGAUCUCACGGCAGAGCAUGGCAAUCUCACGAGGAACACAAAGUGGAGUUGAUAUGAAGUCCCUGUCGAUGGUAAUGCAAAAAAUGAAAUCCAUCCGAGAACUGCACUGGUCCGAUGAUGAAGAGGAUAAUGGUGAUGAUGAUCGAAGAAGCACUCUAAAGACGAAGAAGACCAGCAAGUCAGUCCGUGGAUCCUUUGCUCCUGGACAAGAUGAAAAAGCUUUUCAACGACAAAGCAAACUCAUGGAAAGAAAGUCAAUCGCGAUGAUGAAACAAAUGUCCGUCAGAGGAGAGUUCGAUAUGAGCCAUGUAGCGGGGAACGACAAAACAAAAAUUGAAGCCGAGAGCGAUGAACUGGAACACGAUGCUUAA